AGCCCGCCUCACCCUUUCGCCGAGGGUCCCCCAGGCAGAGGGGGGUUCCCUGCAGCCGGCUGUCUGUUCUCCCCGCCUCCCUGCGCCCUCACCCUCCGCCCCGGCGGCGCCCCGGGAGCUCGCGGUCCGGCGCAGCCUCUUUUGGCAUCGAGGCCUCCAGGUGUCCAGCACCAAGGCGGAGCCGGGCUACAGCCGCCUCCCCGGCGCCACGGACAAGACCCCGGGGAGUUGGGGGCCCCAGCGCUGCGGCUCUGGCGUCCCCAGCUUCCCCGGGCUCUCCGCGCUCCUCCCUCUCGACGCGCCGGGCGCGAAGCCUGCGACGCGCGAGCAGAGCGCAGCGCGCCGAGCCGAGUGGCGCACGCUGGGCAGUGGCCCGGGCCGCCCGGAUCGCAGCCAGAGCCCUCCUCGAGCCCGCCGGCCUGUGGACGCCCGGACCAUGGCUGCCGAGGAGCCUGGCCUCCGUGCCCGGCUCUGGGCGGCGGCGCUGCUCCUGCUCGGUCUGCCGCGCCCCUCUGUGCGGGCGGAUGGGAAGCUCUUUGUGCUGGAGUCUCAGAAUGGCUCUCAGGGCCUAGAACUGGAGGCGGCUCGGCUUUCUUGUGAGAACAGGGGUGCUCACCUGGUGUCUGCGGACGAGCUGCAGAGGGUGGUCCAGGAUUGUACCUUCGCGGUGUGCACCACGGGCUGGCUGGCGGAUGGCACCCUCGGGACAACCGUGUGUAGCAAGGGGAGUGGUGAACAGCAAAUCUUGAGGGCUGUUGAUGUGAGAAUUGAGAGCAACCCAGUUCCUGGUGGCACAUACAAUGCCCUUUGUAUUAAGGAUGAAGAGAAGCCGUGUGGAGACCCGCCUUCGUUCCCACACACCAUCCUGCAGGGACGCACCGGCUUGGAGAUGGGGGAUGAGCUGCUGUAUGUGUGUGCCCCGGGCCACGUCACGGGCCAUCGCGAAACUGCCUUCACCUUGCUUUGCAACAGCUGUGGGGAGUGGUACGGCCAGGUGCAGGCCUGCGGGAAAGAUGAGGCUGAGGCACAUAUCGACUAUGAAGAUAAUUUCCCUGAUGACAGAUCCGUGUCAUUCAGAGAGCUCAUGGAGGAUUCCCGGACAGAGGCAGAGGAGGACAGGGGUCAGGGAGAGGCCUCUGAGGAAGCUCCAAAACAGCACCAUCUGGUAUCCAUUUCUGUGAGAAGAGGAAACAUAGCCCAAGAUACAGCCUUUGUGCCAUCUACAGGCUUGCCCGGUGCUGGGAGCAGUGUCCCCACAGACCUGCCAGGAUCCCAACUAAACCAGAAGUACUUGUUCUGGUUUCCUGCUGAGACCCUCCACAAGCCUGAAUUGGGAAAGGAGAUGGAUGAUGACACCAAAAAGCAGUUUCCUGCUGGAGAAAACUACAGUGGCAUAACAUUGGCUCCAGGUGAACCUGAACCCAAGGUGAUCUAUAGCAGCACUGAUGGUCCCUCAGUGCCAUAUGUGGGCAUAAAUGACAGCAAGGCAGGGGACCCAAUGGUGAGCAGCAGCGAUGGGUCCUGGUUAGAUGGCUACCCUGUGACUGAUGGGGCUUGGAGGAAGAUAGAAGCAGAAGAGGCAGAAGAGGAGGAAGAUGGGGACAAGGGGGAUGGGUCAGUAGGACUGGAAGAAAGUAUUCUAGUUACUCCCAGUCAGCCCAUUCUUGUGGAGGUUAAGAAGCCCAGUAGUACCACCCCCAUACCAAGUGAGGACAUGACCCAUAGUUCAGUUCUUCCAUCUCAGACACUAGAUGUAGAAGCUUUAGCUCUCAGACCGAUGAAUGUGUCUGAAACUGAGGGUCCCAGCAAGGGGGAUGGUGACUUGACCACUAAGUACCAGUCAACUAUUCCUUGGAGAUUUGCCACAGAGAAGUCUCCCAUAGUCACCCUACCUUAUGAACUCACCAGCUCUACCCUGGAGACAGUAACAAUUGCUGUCCAGAAGAUGCCUAACCACAUUCCCUCAACUAUCAUGGCGGCCACCCAGACUCCAACGGAAACCACUGCUCCUGAGGUCCAGGAUAGCUUCCCAUACCUGCUGUCUGAGGACUUCUUGGGACAGGAAGGCCCUGGCCCAGGUGCAACUGAGGAGCUUCUUCCAACCUUGGAGCCGUGUGUAGGGGACAAGUGUCCCAGCCUCAGCAGAGGCCCCAUCAUUGCCACCGUCGUCACUGUCCUGUGCCUGUUGCUGCUCCUGGCAGGUGUAGGAGCAGUGUGGGGCUACCGCAAGUGCCAGCACAAGAGCUCUGUAUACAAGCUGAACGUUGGCCAGCGGCAGGCUCGGCACUACCACCAGCAGAUUGAGAUGGAGAAAGUCUAGCCACCUUUGGAGCGGGCUCUCCUAAAGCCGCUUGGGAGGAAAAUAAACUGUGACACAUCACAUUGAUAAACACUGAUAAUUCACUAGAGCAUGAAACAGGUGGGGUAGGGCUCAUCUUUUUUUCUCAGGUCUUUGUUUUCUAGGCUGAGAAGUGUCUCUGGAGGCACCUGGCAGGGCAGGAAGGCUUUGGUGGCAUCAUUACACAUGUUAAUAUCUCCUCAACCAUCUGCCCUGGAAUGUAUUGCACUAAUCCCAGACCUGGGGUUGGCCCUUAAUUCCAACAUCAGGUCAAAACUCACCUCUUGCUUCAUCAUACUAUUGUCUUCUUUUCCUUUUUUAAGACAAAAAAUUACUGACUCCAUGACCUGAAAUUUUUGAAAUAGGCUUGAUAAACGGAGCAUUUGAGACCAGUGUUAUUUAGGAUACAGAUAUUUAAUUGUUGGGAGUGGGAUAUAGUAGAAUAAUGGGUUAUUUCCUUUUAAUGUUGUGAUGUUGUUAAGGGCAAAUGAGCUAAGAACCAGGACGUAGUCUAGAAGCUUUGAGAUUUCUGUUUAAUUGUUUGUUGAAAUUGGAGAGCAUUUAAGACUGACAUUUUGUUGGAGGGAAAGGGAGGAGGGGCAGACACACAUCCACCUCUGUUCCCUCCGUUCUGUGGGAUAGCCCAUCAUUUUUUUAAAAACAAGGUUAGCUUUGUACUGGUAAGUACCGUUUCCUCACGGAAGCAGUGGCCUAGUUGUCCUUGACCAAGUCUGUGCCUAGGAAUGUCUUAGAAUUUUUGCCAGGACUAACAAAACUCAGUCUUUGGUUUCCUCUCUCAGGAUUAACCAUUUCUCUGAACUCUAGUAAGAGGGAAUGACAUGGGAGGAAAAAAAUGUUUUAAGAGGGCCAAGGACUAGGGUAUCUAUGGGUACCUACUUGAUACAGAAGAAGCAGAUUAAUUAAAAAGGAAUAUGAAACCUGUGCCGAUCUAUUCUUUACUCUAUUUUGGCAAUUGUGAGCUCUAUGGAAACAGCAUGAGUCCAGAAUGGACUGAUCCUGGCUACUGAGCAACCCUUUCAUGGUAUCUAGAUCAUCUCAAAGUGGCUCAGCAAAGAUUGUUUACAACAAUGGUUCUCAAAGUGUGGUCCUCAGACCAGUGGCUUCACCAUCACCUGGGAACUUGCUGGAGCUGCAAAUUCUCUGGUUCCACCCCAGUCUUACGAAGCUUAAACCCUGGGAGGGGGGUCCAGCUAUCCGUGUUUUAACGAGCCCUCCAGGUGUUUCUGAUGC